GGGACCCAGAGGGCCAGGCGCGCCCGCCGGCUCCCGCCCCGCGUCCUCCGCCUCAGCCCGCGCCCCGCGGCCCUCCCGCCUGGGUCUCGGCUUGGUGUCCUCCCGCUCCGGGAGCCCGAAUCCCUCCGCUGUCAAAAAACAAAACCCGCUGCCACCCGUCGCUCCCCAGGCCUUUGCUGUCUUUAGGAGGAGGAGGGUCUGCAGGGACGAGGAGCGAGAGCAGGCUCUUCUGCUCCUCCAUCCCGGGACGGCGGGCCAGGUGCCCAGCGGCUGAGAUCCCCGUGGGCGCCCGCCCGCUCCGGGCACUGCUCCCCAGGAGCCGGAGCGCCCUGCCCGUCCCGAGGGCCGCUGGCCAGGGAGGCCCUGCCUUUGGAGCCUGGAAUUUCGUUUUUCCCACUUGUUGAUCCUGCAGCUGUCGGGAGAAAUCUUUCUUUGUUACGAAUCAGUGGUUCCUACCGGCUGUCAGAGGAGACAUCCCACCAGGCUGUGCUGCCCAUGGAUUUGUCUGUGAUGGUACCAGAAUAUUGGUAUUUGGGGGAAUGGUUGAAUAUGGAAGAUACAGCAAUGAAUUAUAUGAGUUACAAGCCAGUCGGUGGUUGUGGAAGAAGGUGAAGCCCCACCCCCCGCCGUCUGGUUUGCCUCCGUGCCCUCGGCUUGGACAUAGUUUCUCUUUGUAUGGCAACAAAUGCUAUUUGUUUGGUGGUCUGGCAAAUGAAAGUGAAGAUUCAAACAAUAACGUCCCAAGAUAUUUAAAUGACUUCUACGAGCUGGAGCUGCAGCAUGGCUCUGGCGUUGUGGGCUGGACCAUCCCCGUCACCAAGGGGCUGGUGCCUUCUCCCAGAGAGUCCCACACAGCCGUCAUAUACUGCAGAAAGGACUCCGGGAGCCCUAAGAUGUAUGUUUUUGGUGGAAUGUGCGGUUCUCGCCUGGAUGACCUAUGGCAGCUGGACAUUGAAACUAUGUCAUGGUCACAGCCAGAAACUAAGGGGACAGUGCCGCUUCCGCGAAGCCUCCACACAGCCAGUGUUAUAGGAAACAAAAUGUACAUUUUUGGAGGAUGGGUUCCGCAUAAAGGUGAAAACACCGAGACUUCAUCUCAUGAUUGUGAAUGGAGGUGUACCAGUUCAUUUUCUUACCUAAAUCUAGAUACAGCAGAAUGGACCACCCUGGUAUCAGAUUCUCAAGAAGAUAAAAAAAAUUCAAGACCAAGACCAAGAGCCGGGCACUGCGCUGUCGCCAUUGGCACUCGGUUGUACUUCUGGAGCGGCAGAGACGGCUACAAAAAAGCACUCAACAGUCAGGUGUGCUGCAAGGACCUGUGGUACCUCGACACUGAGAAACCGCUGGCACCUUCCCAAGUGCAGCUGAUCAAAGCCACCACCAGCUCGUUCCAUGUGAAGUGGGAUGAAGUGCCUACGGUUGAGGGCUACCUUUUGCAGCUGAAUACAGACUUGCCGUACCAGGCCGCCUCAGCAGAUUCCUCAGCAGCACCAAAUGUGCCAGGAGGGCGGGCGGAACCUCACAGACCAGGCAGCAACAGCCUCCUUCCUCACGGGAUCAGCGAUGCAGUAAACAGUGCAAAAACGGAGCACCCAGCCGCGAAAGGAGUUUCAGGGAGAAGCAAACCGGAUUUCAAAGCGGAUUUGAGCACCAGUUUACGUCCCCUUCUGGCGCCUGGUGCCUCUAACCAUAACAGCUGUGCGGCGGACGUGCUGAGGGACAGUGAAGGUCCUCACACUUCAGCAGACACGGGUGUGCUGAGCAGUUGCCUGGAUUUAAGAACAGCCGUCCCCGACACUUCCGGAUCCGGUUCUGUUUUGGGCGCGCAGACUCUGAUCUCCCAGCAGGCCAUUAAAACCGAGUCACCCAGUACCAAUGGCGCGGUGGUCAAGGACGAGGCUCCCCUGGCAGCGCUCAGCACCAAAGCCGAAGUUGAUGAGACGUGUGCCCUGCCUGCCACUAAGAUCAGCCGUGUGGAGAUCCAUGCCGCGGCCACGCCGUCCUCCAAAGAGACACCGUCAAACUCAGUGGCCACCGUGAAAGCCGGGGAACGGCAGUGGUGCGACGUGGGCAUUUUCAGGAACAACACGGCGUUGGUGAGCCAGUUUUACCUGCUGCCGAAGGGGAAGCAGGGCACCUCCAAGGUGGAAAAUGCAGACGUGCCUGACUACAGCUUGCUUAAGAAGCAGGAUCUCGUUCCGGGCACGGGCUACAGGUUCAGGGUGGCCGCCAUCAACGGCUGUGGGAUAGGCCCCUUCAGCAGGGUCAGCGAGUUCAAGACGUGCAUCCCCGGCUUCCCCGGAGCGCCUUCUGCCGUCAGGAUUUCCAAGAGUGUGGAAGGCAUCCACCUGUCCUGGGAGCCCCCGACCUCGCCGUCCGGAAACAUCCUGGAGUACUCCGCCUACCUGGCCAUCCGCACCGCGCAGGCCCAGGACAACCCGAGCCAGCUCGUGUUCAUGCGCAUCUACUGCGGGCUCAGGACUUCCUGCGCCGUGACGGCCGGCCAGCUGGCCAGCGCGCACAUCGACCACACCUCGCGGCCGGCCGUGGUCUUCCGCAUCUCGGCCAAGAACGAGAAGGGCUACGGGCCGGCCACGCAGGUGCGGUGGCUGCAGGGGAACAACAGGAAGGCACCUCUGAGCUGAGCCGCUGUCCCGCGCUGCUCGAUGGCACUUAUUUAUUAGCUGCUGGUCAUGAACAUGUCCUGCGGCCGCACUUCAGCAGUUAGGAACUUUCGAGUUUAUAAGUUGUUCUUAAAAUACAUUCGCUCAGUUGUAGAUCCAAAUAAAAAUAGAAAAAGCCAGGACUCUGAAUUAGUACACGGGUUCCUCCCUGUCUGUGUAGCUCCGCACAGAGAAAGCAGGAAAGCUGAGGUAAGCCGGGAGCAGCUGUCACCCUGACCGCCCCCCUCUAGAGCUGCGUGGCUCAGUCUUCCUGGGGCUCCGGCAGCUGCCCGCGGUCGCUUUCCUGUCUCAGCAGCGCCCUGCGGAGUGGCGGCCCGCCAGCUGUCUCUCCCUGGGCGCUGUUUGGUAGGCUGGUCCAUAGACAUUGGCUGCCCUUCUUCAUUGACAGCUAGCGCAGAGCCUAAGAAGUUAGCCAAGACAGAGCCAAAGGUGAGCUUCAGACUGAAUUUCCUCUUUUUUUUUUUUUUUUUUUGGAGCUGGGGAUCGAACUCACAGCCUCGCGUUUGCCAAGCAAGCACUCACGCCACUGAGCUAGAUCCCCAGCCCUGCCCCUGAGUUCCUGGCCCUCUUCCGCUUAUGGUGAGACACAGAGGGCGGUCUCGGCCCCAGCCCAGUGUGCUUCCAUAUAUUUUGGCCAAGGCACAGCCGGUGGGUCUCUCGGCUCUCAAUGUGCUCCCCACGGGCUGUGUGCGGUGCUCAGUGGCUCUAACUCCUUUGCUGAAAUCAAAACCUUCAUAAUUUCAAAGCUCAAAAUUGAAGUGUAUGUCCUCUUACCGCAGAAAGACGCACCUUAAUAAGACCUACGUUUGGGGUAGUGUUUUAAACAUUUGUAAGAUUUUGUAAAUGCUCUAGAUGUUUUAUUUUUGCAUUAUUUUUACCUCGAAAUUGUAUAAACUUUUUUACGAUAGGAUUAUAAGCAUUAGACAGCUAACUCAGGUUCCUUACAACCUUAAAAACGCAGAUAAGAGCGAGAAAUACUCUGCAUAGGUACCUUGUUUUAGACCUUUUGGGAGCUUCAUGGUUCCGCUGCCUGGUCAGGUCUGGAGUAAAUAUCUACAGAGCAAUAACUGCGGGAAAGACUGCAGGCCGGAGCUGCGGCAGCCGGGGGGCGCAGGUCUGUACAGGCGUGCACCGCGCCCUCUCUCCAGGUUGGGUCCGCUGAGUAGCUGCGUCGUCAAACGUUCGUGUGUGAUCCCCAGCCCCGUGGGACCCGCUGUGCAGAACUGAUGUGCGUGCAUGCUCAGUUACUAAUUUAAAGUGUAUAGAGUAUUUUAAUAUAUAAUUUUUUGUAAAGAACUGGGAUUUUUAUAUUACAGUAUUUGUAAUUAAUGUGUCUCAUUAAUUUUCUCUUGAAGAAAAUAUGCAAACUGUUAGACACAUACUGAGUGGUUUCUGAACUCUAAGAUGAAAUAAACGCACUGCCGUGGUGGUGUCAAAGCCUGCUCCGUGGCCCGGGUCCUUGUGUUCAGCGUCUGCGCUGUGGCCUCAGCAGCUGCUCCUGCAUUUGUGUCAUUCCGCGCUUAGCUUUUGCACAUGCCCGCUUCGUGCACUAGUGGGAUUUUCACUUUGCUCACUGUUACGUUUGUAAUCAUUUGUACAGUUCCCAUGAUGCGCCUGCUGUAGGCUGGACAAGUACUUAACCAAAGUUAAAAUAAAGGGUAAGCAGUUUUGCACAUGUUA